AUGGCGUGGUUCCAUCAGAGCCGAGGUUCUCCCAGACUCGUCCUGGUGGUGGUGUGUGUCGCUCUGCUGCUCGACAACAUGCUGCUCACUGUGGUUGUGCCGAUCAUCCCCACAUUCCUCUAUGCCAUCGAGCAUCCCAGUCCGGAGCCACAGACCAUCCAGCCCUCAAUGGUGGCUUUGACCAGCUUAAGUGCAUCACGCCUGGACACUGUGCUGUCUGAACCCUCCCCCUCUGGCUCCAGCCGGCAGGCCUCCAGCUGGACCGUCCAGCUGCCUCCACCCAGCCGAGGUGCACCCAUCCUGGCUACAGAGUCACAGCAGAGCCCCCGCCUGCCUCCUCUGCUGUCCCUGUUUGAUAACACCACAUUCAGUCUGCAGGAGACUCCAAACACCAGUCCAACACACCAGACCAGACCGACAAGCCGGACCGGACCGACAAGCCGGACCGGUCCAACCUCAGAACUGUACAUCAAUGAGACCAUCGAUGCAACGGAGUCCUCCUGCCUUCAGGACAGUGUGUUUUUAGAGGAGGAAAAUGUCCAUGUUGGCUUGUUAUUUGCCUCUAAAGCUCUCAUCCAGCUGCUCAUCAACCCGUUUGUUGGCCCGCUCACUAACAGGAUCGGCUAUCACAUUCCCAUGUUUGCAGGUUUCGUCAUCAUGUUUGUGUCCACCAUCAUGUUUGCGUUCUCAGGGACCUAUGCUCUGCUGUUCUUCGCUCGCUCCCUGCAGGGAAUCGGCUCGUCCUUCUCGUCGGUGGCAGGGUUGGGUAUGUUGGCCAGUGUAUACACAGAUGAUGAGGAGAGAGGCAUAGCGAUGGGCAUCGCGCUGGGAGGACUGGCCAUGGGAGUCCUGAUUGGUGCUCCGUUUGGCAGCCUUAUGUACGACUUUGUGGGAAAGAGCGCCCCCUUUCUGAUCCUGGCCUUCCUGGCUGUGUUUGAUGGAGCUCUGCAGCUGUGCAUCCUGCAACCCUCAAAGAUUUCUCCUGGGAGCGUGGAGGGGACGCCAUUGCUGACUCUGCUUAAAGAUCCAUACAUACUCAUCAGUGCAGGAUCCCUGUGCUUUGCUAACAUGGGGGUGGCCAUCUUGGAGCCAACCCUGCCCAUCUGGAUGAUGCAGACCAUGUGCUCACCGAAAUGGCAGCUAGGUGUGGCCUUCCUCCCCGCCAGCAUUUCCUACCUGAUAGGAACCAACCUGUUUGGAGUUCUGGCCAAUAAGAUGGGACGGUGGCUCUGCUCCAUGUUGGGGAUGUUCAUCAUCGGCAUCAGUCUGCUGUGUGUUCCUUUUGCCACCAGCAUCUACGGUCUGAUUGGACCAAACGGAGGUCUGGGCUUUGCUAUAGGCAUGGUGGACUCCUCCAUGAUGGCCAUCAUGGGUUACCUGGUUGACAUCCGCCAUGCCUCUGUCUACGGCAGUGUAUACGCCAUCGCUGAUGUGGCACUCUGCAUGGGCUUCGCUAUAGGGCCGUCCACUGGAGGCGCUCUGGUCCAGGUGGUCGGUUUUCCCUGUCUCAUGGUCUUCAUUGGAGUGAUCAACAUCCUGUAUGCUCCUCUAUGCUUCCUGUUACGUAACCCAGCUGUCCGAGAGGAGAAAAUGGCGAUUAUUGACCAGGAGUGUGUGAUGCACAGGAAAAGUUACAACACAAACAAAGAGAGCCGUGAAUUUCCUCUGAGCGACUACAGCGAAGAAGAAGAAACAGAGGAGUAACUCACUUACGUACAUAUCAUCACAUCAUCUGCAAACAUGUUUCACUGUUGCCCUUCAUUCAGUCAGAGCAGACAUGCACAGCUUCUUCACGGAUGUUAUCAUUGUUCUGCUGCUUCAUCUGCAGGUUUACAGAGUUACUUAUGUGAAUUAUUUACAGGUUUUAAUAAGCAGAAUUCUUCAAUGGGCUUCUGAUUUGUUUUCAUUUGAUCCCUAAAUCAGUCACAGUUGUACGCGUUCAGAUUUUAUAAGCAAUGUGCAUGUGUUGAUUGUUAAAAACUGUCACAUCAGUCAAGUCAACAUGCUCUUUGAUUCCAGCAUGUGUGUGUUUCCUGCUAUAACUGAAUCAGAUAACACCUGAAUCAGUUUUAUGAAUGAAAACUCAAAUAUUUGUUCUCUUAUUUAACAAGACUCUCCAGCUUGGCCCUAAUGGGACACUAUAAGUAAAGGGAUUAAGGUUUCUUUCCAUACUCAUGAAACAGGAUCUGUAAAAGUUAGUUUGGUUUUUCUUCAAAGUUUUUGGUUUUUCUUUCAAAGAUAAGUAAUUAAAUAUUAAUUUAUUUAUCGCAUUUAACUCGUUAAGGUCCGACCCAUGAAAAAAUGGUAAGAAAAGUCCAAUUUUUUUUAAUAUGAGGUCAAAUAUGUCACGUUGGGCUCUUAUGGGUAAGUACAAAACACGCAGCUCAAAGUGCUUCACAGGGAACUUUAAAACAUAAUCUUAAUAAUGAUUGAUCAUAAUAUGAGAGAAACUAAUUAAAAAUGUAAACUGUGACUUGAACUUAAAGUACAGUUUACUCAAACUUAAUUUAUUCUCAGUUAAAGCUGAAAAUGCUGCAUUUAUGAAACAUCGCCUCUGUGAAGGUCCAAGGACCAGGUUUUAAUGUUUCUGUCUGCAUUAUUAUCAGUAAAAUGAUGCUGUUCUACAGCUGAUUUAAUCUGAAGGUCUGAACAUCCCAGACACGUACACGGUGACGCCCCAUUGGUCCCCUCUUCGUACGUCAACGAAGCCGCCAUAUUGGUCCUGGCAAGUUAUCAUUUUUCAGUGGGACUAAACGGAGGAAAAACAUCUGGAUCUUCAGCAGUCUUGGGCUGAACAAAUAGAUCUACUUUUGGAUGCAACAAAUUGGACUUUACUACUUUAUAUAGGGACGGAUUAUAAUAUCUGUUGUGUUAAACAGUAAAAAAAACAGACUACAUCUUCUCCAGACAAACAUCUGGUUUUACCUCUCUUUUGACAAUAAUUUACCCACCUAUCAUAUAUUUAACUUACGCCAGGACCAAGAUGGCAGACGCUUUGACGUGUAGCAACAGCGGGCUGAGGAGGCGGAAACGGCGUCUAUGUAUAGACUGCUGAGCAUCACCUCCUCCACAGCAGGGGAUUGGUCUAGCUUCAGUUGCCAUGAUAUUGAGCAGCUUAAGAUAGGUGCUUUAGUUACUUUAAUCUUACUUUGAAUAACACCUCUAUGCCCACAUUUGUCAAGCAGUUUGAUUAAUUUUCAUUAAUGCUGAGAAAAAACAUUAAAGUUUGUUAUAGCAAACGUAGGUAUGGUUAAACAAAGACGUAACAUGGAGAUGGUUAGCCAAAGAGGCUAACACAGGUAUAGUUAUCUGUUAGUCUGAUAGUCAGUUGGAAACUUCAGUCUCAUUGUAAAGGUUUCUGGUCAAUAACUAAAAACUUCUGUUUUAUCUGCUGGUUAAUUAUGUUCCAAUAAUCCAAACAUUAAAUUUGGUUGCUUAAUCCAACUUAAAACAACAUCCAAGAUUUAAACAUCAUGUUUCUAGUAGAUUUUUAGUUCCUGUUAACAGAAAGUCUGACCUGAAUCUGACCUAAUAAAGUCUUGGUCAUACUCCACAAGCACAGAGAAAUGAGUUUUCUCUCCCAGGACUGAGAAAACAAAUACAUUUUUCUGUUCUUACCAGGUAUCUGCAAACCUUUAGAAUCAGGUAGAUGCAUGUUCAUACUCAGUUGAUCGACAGGCCUUUGGAUCAAUCAUGUUGUUUAAAAAAAAAGGUGAGUUAGCUAAUUAAAGUUAAAUAGGUGAGAUUAUAACUAUAAACUGCAGAUUAUAACAACAUCCUCACUCAUAACUAACCUGAAUGGGAUCUAUAUUACCUUGGAAUCACCAUGUUCUCUAAACUAGCUUAAUGUCUGACAUAAUCUGAUCAAUAAUUUGAUCAAUUUUUCUCAGCUGGUUGAUGCAGCCUCAAAGAAAUAUCUGAAAUAAACUGAAUUUGAAGGAGUUACACAACAACACAGACAUUUAGUGUUUUUAGUUUAUUGCUGAUUAUUUCUUAAAGAAAAUUUGAUGUUCUGGGACAAGCUGGAGAAUAUUUGUUAACAGUUUUCUGCUUCGUCUGCGUGUGCUGUUCACUCCAUCCGCCGCUGACUGCUGCUUAGGCCGAUCCUCAUUCUGAUGUUGACGAUGUGACAGUGCUCCUUUCAGCCUGUUUUAUGAAAAAAAAACAUAAAAAUCAUGGCAUGACCACGCCCACUUUUCCAACUUUUCAUUUUCAUCGAACUCCGCCCACUUUUGUUUCAAACCCUAACACAUGACUGGUGCUGGAGGCGAUUUAAUAAUGAGAUCAUAUGAUGUAAAUCUGAUACCGCUGAUCAAUCCAAAAAACAGUUAAUUGAGAAUUAAUAAAGUUAUUUAAACUCAGAACGGAAACUGUGAGCUGGUGUGAACUGGAAGGAAAGCCGAGUUAAAGGCAGGAGUUAAAUGUACUUUUGAUCUGUGAUCUUCCUUUUUUAAGAACAUUUCUGUGCCUGACUGCAGCUCGCGUUAAGCUGUAAAAGCAGAUUUUCUGUUAUUCUGAGGAACGAUGUGUGUGUUUGUUCUGCAGUCUGAAACUAAAAGUGUUGAAAUGUAAAACUGUUUGUGUCUGACCCGUCACCAUUAAA